AUGGGCCUCACCUACGGCCUCGCGGACAUUGCCGCGCAGGCGUUCGCGGCCUUUGCCGGCGGCGAGGUGCUGCCGCUCGCGCAGCGCGUGCGCCGCAGCGUGGCGCUCAUGGGCGUCGGCCUUUUUUUCGUCGGCCCGCUGCUGGCCGUGUGGUUCGACUUCCUGGAGAAGGUCCUGCCGGGCCGGCGGAAGCGCGCCGUCGUCGGCCGCGCCGCGCUCGACCAAUCCAUCCAGACGCCGUUCAUGAUCUCGCUCAUCUUCGCGCUGACGACGCUCGCCGAGGGCCACUCGCCCGCCGUCGCCGUCGCGAAGAUCCAGGCGAAGCUGCUGCCGACCUGGUGGGCCUGCGUCGGCGUCUGGACGCCGGUGCAACUCGUGAACCAGGGCGUCGUGCCGCUCAAGUACCGCGUCUUCUUCCAGUCCGUCGUCGCCUUCUUCUGGGACGCGUGGAUGUCCAUCGUCUCCCACGGCUAG